CUACCUGCCGGUGGGGGAAGAAGGUCAAGGUCUGAUUGACAUUGCUUCACGUGUGGCGCCCUUUAGACUGAGACAAGCCCAGCGACUCCUGUACGGCCCCCGCCUGCCCUGGGUCGACACUGCUUGUGUUUUGCUGAGAAGGGCUGGACGCUGUGGCUACCACAGACAACUAUUCCUGCUUCAGCACCAGUACCUGAAUGUAAUGGGAUUAUCGCCUUUCUAUCAGUUUGUCGUCUCUUGGUUUGUAGCAGAGCUACAGCUUCACCCCCGGGCUGUGGUUGUUUGAGGAGCCUCUGCUGGAUAGUGGCCUCAUGUCCUCACAGAUUCUGUCAUCCACCACUGUGCGGUCAAAGCUGAAGGACGAUGGGUGUGUGAAAUUUGGACAUCUCCUGAGGACUUCCACAGCUGACCUGGCAGCAUUGAUGGGGAUACAGUCACAUAGAACGCUGGACAGGUUUAUAGAGGACCUUCUUCGUUCCCUAUCGGUGAAUUAUCGGACAUUGAUGAGGGACCCGAAAAUGUCUGUCCAGUGGGAGGACGGGAUGACACUCAGGUUUUCCUCCCUGACAGUCUCCCCGGCGUGUGAAGAGUGGCAGGAGGACCAGAAUAAGUUGUUGUCCUGGACCACACCCCAGAUGGGGUGUUUUGAUACACUUGGGACAAGGACUUUGUACCUGGUCUGCGUUAAGGUUCUGAACAUUCGCUCGCUAGCGGAUGUUAGAGUGUCGAGGUGGACUGAGUAUUUUGGCACAGGGUUUUCUCCAAGGGGCUGUUGGAGGUCCCUGUACAAACCCCCCGCGGAGAAACGGGCGGGUGACCUCCAGUGGAGGAUUUUACACAGGAUCGUAGCCACAAACUGGUAUCUGGCGCACCUCGAUCCUGGCACAGGGGAGGGAUGUCCUUUUUGUUUGGUCAGGGAGUCGGUCCAGCAUCUGUUUGCUGAAUGUCAGCGUCUGACUGGUCUUCUUUCCUUUCUGCAGGAGUUGGUUAGGGGUUAAGGGGAGUCUUUUUCUUUGGUGUGUUUUAUUUACGGCCCCAAAUACGAAGCUUGCAAAAAGACUGUUCACACACUAAUACAUUUUCGUGUGGCUGAAGCAAAGCUAGCUGUGUGGAGGUCACGGAAAAACCGUAUUCAGGGGACCGGUUCUGAUGAUGUUUUGCUUGGUUACUUGUUUGGAAAUUGAAUAUAGAUAUUAUAAACUUGUUAAUUUGAUUGAUGAUUUUGUUCAAAUUUGGGCUGUCAAGUUUUGUGCUCUGUCAGCAUCAGCAGUUUGGUGUUGAAUUUUUGAUAGGUUCCUUGUGCUGUUUUCCUUUUGCUCUUUGUUUUUUUUUUUUUUUUUUUUGCUUUAUUUUCUGACUAUUUUCUGCUUCCAUGUAAGUGCUAUUUGUAAUUUGUAAAGUUAGACUUUGCAAUAAAGGUGUUUUGAAAAAAAAACUCACUCACUCACUCAUUCACUCACUCAAGUGACACAUGAUGGAAUGUGACCAGGAUCAUACCAUUGACUGUAAAAAUAUUCGUAUAUACAGUCAAUGGAUCAUACAGCCCUCCUCCAGUGCAGGCCGUACUCACAUAUCUCACUCAACGCUAGAGAUCGCUAUCCUUACGUUAUUUUUCCUUACGGGUUUCGGCUUAUCCUAUUGGCUAACACGUCUUCGUGUCCCGCCUCUGUGGACGGUUUCCUUUCUGUCAUUGGCUGUUUGAAACGUCCGUCAUCCAAACAAGUAUAAACAUAUGAAGCUAACUCUGUCAGAAGAAACGAGAGUCCUCCGAUCUGAACCGUCAGGAUUUCGCUGGCCGCGGCUCGUGGAAGUGCAUGGAGAACUGCAGCCUCCCCAUCAGCUGGAGCCGUCUUCCAACAUGUGACUCCCCCCUCACAACUUUUCAUGCUUGAGCCCCUCCUUGGCUCAGCCUCCUCUUGCUGCUCAUACCUUAGCUCUGCUGUGCAAACAGAGCAGAGUGAGCUCACCCCCCCUCCUUCAGGCCCUUUGCCUUUUGGCUGCUGCCCGCUCCGGCGGCGUGUUGGUGUACGAUGGCGCGGCGGGAUGCUAAAGACAGCUGCGGGGGACUGUGAUGUCAGAGCCCAACAGCCCAGGCGAGAGCCCGUUUGGCGCUCCCAGAUUCUUUGUGGGCUGCGAGGACGAUGAGAGCGAAGCCGUGGAGGAGCACAUGAGGACAGACAUGGAGCUGUAUGAGGACGACGAAGACUCAGACUCGCCCCCGGAGCGGCAGAUUGUCAUGGGGAUCUGUUGCAUGAUGAAGAAGUCCAAGUCCAAGCCAAUGACUCAGAUCCUGGAAAGGCUCUGCAAAUUUGAGUACAUCACUGUGGUCAUCUUUCCAGAGGACGUCAUUCUGAACGAGCCCGUGGACAGAUGGCCUUUGUGUGACUGCCUCAUCUCCUUCCACUCCAAGGGUUUCCCGCUGGAUAAGGCAGUGAGCUAUGCCAAACUGAGGAACCCUCUGCUCAUCAACGACCUCAACAUGCAGUACUACAUCCAGGACAGGAGGGAAGUGUAUCGGAUUCUCCAGGAGGAAGGCAUCGAACUUCCACGUUACGCUGUGCUGAACCGUGACCCGGACAAACCAGAGGAGUGCAACCUGGUGGAGGGAGAGGACCAUGUGGAGGUGAACGGAGAAAUAUUUCAGAAGCCUUUUGUGGAGAAGCCUGUGUGUGCUGAGGACCACAACGUGUACAUCUACUACCCAACAUCUGCAGGGGGGGGCAGCCAGCGGCUCUUCAGAAAGAUUGGCAGCCGGAGCAGCGUGUACUCUCCCGAGAGCAGCGUGAGGAAGACGGGCUCCUACAUCUAUGAAGAAUUUAUGCCCACUGACGGCACUGAUGUGAAGGUUUAUACAGUGGGGCCGGACUAUGCUCACGCCGAGGCCCGAAAGUCUCCUGCUUUGGAUGGAAAGGUGGAGAGGGACAGCGAGGGCAAGGAGGUCCGGUACCCAGUGAUGCUGUCAGCCAUGGAGAAGCUGGUGGCCCGGAAGGUGUGCCUGGCUUUUAAGCAAACUGUGUGCGGCUUUGACCUCCUCCGGGCUAACGGACACUCAUACGUGUGCGACGUGAACGGCUUUAGCUUCGUGAAGAACUCCAUGAAAUACUACGACGACUGUGCCAAGAUCCUGGGGAACAUUGUGAUGCGCGAGCUGGCUCCUCAGUUUCAGAUACCCUGGUCCAUCCCGACCGAGGCAGAAGACAUCCCCAUUGUUCCCACAACUUCAGGGACCAUGAUGGAGCUGCGCUGCGUCAUCGCCGUCAUUCGACAUGGAGACAGAACUCCCAAGCAGAAGAUGAAGAUGGAAGUCCGCAACCCCAUGUUCUUUGAUCUCUUUGACAAGUACGGAGGAUACAAGUCUGGGAAAUUAAAGCUGAAAAAGCCAAAGCAACUGCAGGAGGUGCUGGACAUCACCCGCCAGCUGCUGGCAGAGCUCGGUCAAGACAAUGACUGUGAGAUUGAAGAGAAAAAGUCCAAACUGGAGCAGCUGAAGACUGUUCUGGAAAUGUACGGCCACUUCUCAGGGAUCAACAGGAAGGUGCAGCUGACCUACCUCCCCCACGGGCAGCCCAAGACCUCCAGUGAAGAAGAAGACACUCGAAAGGAAGGUCCAUCUCUGCUGCUGGUGCUGAAGUGGGGAGGGGAGCUAACCCCUGCUGGGAGAGUCCAGGCGGAAGAGCUGGGCAGAGCGUUCCGCUGCAUGUAUCCUGGAGGACAAGGAGACUAUGCUGGUUUUCCGGGCUGUGGUCUGCUGCGGUUACACAGCACCUACAGACAUGACCUGAAGAUCUACGCCUCUGAUGAAGGCCGCGUGCAGAUGACAGCAGCUGCCUUCGCAAAGGGUCUGCUGGCUCUGGAGGGGGAGCUGACACCCAUCCUGGUGCAGAUGGUAAAGAGCGCCAACAUGAACGGGCUGCUGGACAACGACAGUGACUCUCUGAGCAGCUGCCAGCACCGGGUCAAGGCCCGGCUGCACGAGAUCCUGCAGAGCGACCGGGAGUUCACCGAGGACGACUUUGAACGGCUGGCUCCGACUUGCAGCCCCUCUCUGGUGAAUUCCAUGAAGAUCGUCAAGAACCCAGUGGACACGUGCGACCAGGUGUACGCACUGAUCCAGAGCCUCACUUCGCAGAUCCGCUGGAGGAUGGAGGACCCCAAAUCUGCUGACCUCCAGCUGUACCACAGUGAGACCCUGGAGCUGAUGCUGCAGCGCUGGUCCAAACUGGAGAGGGACUUCCGCAUGAAGAACGGCCGCUACGACAUCAGCAAGAUACCCGACAUCUACGACUGCGUGAAGUACGACGUGAUCCACAACGCCACGCUGGGGCUGCAGGACACGCUGGAGCUGUUCAGGCUGUCCCGGGCUCUGGCCGACAUCGUCAUCCCACAGGAAUAUGGGAUAAAUAAGGUGGAGAAGUUGGACAUCGCAUACGCUUACUGUCUCCCACUGGUCAGAAAAAUCCAGCUUGACCUGCAGAGGACCCACGGAGACGAGGCGGUCAACAAACUGCACCCCCUGUACUCUCGUGGCGUGAUGUCCCCUGGUCGCCACGUCCGCACGCGUUUGUACUUCACCAGUGAGAGCCAUGUCCACUCGCUGCUCAGCAUCUUCAGAUACGGAGGCCUGCUGGACGUAAGCAAAGCAGAAUCCUGCGGAUCUUUAGGCGUUGGUUCUGAUCUGAAGGCCGUCCUCUCUGUGCCACAGGAGGAUAAGGACCAGCAGUGGAAGAGAGCCAUGGACUACCUGGGAGCUGUCUCUGAACUCAACUACAUGACUCAGAUCGUCAUCAUGCUCUAUGAGGACAACAACAAGGAUAUCUCCUCUGAGGAGCGCUUUCACGUGGAGCUCCACUUCAGCCCUGGAGUGAAGGGGGUGGAGGAGGAGGAGAACGCACCGACCGGGUUUGGCUUCAGACCUGCCUCUGCAGAUGUAGCCCGACAGAACGGGCAGAAACAGUCGGACCCCGGCAGCUUGGAGGACCUCUCCCGAGACGAAACUGACCGAGCUGUGCCACUGUCUGAGCCGGUCACUAUUCCCAGGAAGUCUCCACUCAUCCGCAAUCAUAAGACCGGUUCCAUGGAGGUCCUGUCAGAGACAUCCUCCUCCAAAGUGGGCAGCUAUCGUCUCUUUUCGCUCUGCUCACGUCAGUCCCCCGAGAUGAAACAAAGCGGAUUAGGCUCUCAGUGUGCCGGGCUCUUCAGUACCACCGUCUUGGGGGGCUCAUCUAGCGCGCCUAACCUGCAGGACUACGCACGUGUGCACCGCAAAAAGUUCUCCUCCGGCAGCCUUCCCUACAAAGACGAGUUGUUGUCUAUGCCGGCAGUAAAACGGUUUUCUGUGUCAAUUGCAAAGCAUCCGACUAAUGGAACUAAAGAUGACAGCUCCACCCUGGCAGUGCCUCCGCCCCCCUGGGGCUCUACUGCAGAGCCCCUGGAGCAACACCACGUGGCGCAGUUGUUGAGGUGUUUCUCCACCGACCUCAGCCUGCGUCGCCACUUCUCUCUGGACCAGGCGCUGGCCCACCACCUCCACCAGUGCUCCUACCACCUCCGCAUCUUCAGAAACUGGCUCGUCUCCGGCCAGGACCCCCUAGAGUACCAUCACGGCUUUGAAGGCUGCUUCAUGGUGCCCUCCAUCUACCCUCUGGAGACGCUGCACAACUCUCUGUCGCUGAAGCAGGUCAACGAGUUCCUCACCAGCAUAUGCAAGAGCGCCGGGGACCCCCACAGCCGGACCAGCAGAGCUCUGUCAGCCAUGUUUGACCCCCACAACCAGCCGCUGGUGGACACCUACCUCCCACAGAGAGUCCUCUCCACCUCCAUCUCCCUGAGAUCUCGCUCUGAAAGACCUCCAUGGUACAGCAGCGGUCCGUCCAGCACCGUGUCCAGCGCCGGGCCCUCCUCCCCCACCACAGCUGACACCUCCCCCCGGUUCAGCUUCAGCGAUAAGGUGUCCCUCACCCCUCAGAGCAGUGAGGAGACCCACCCCCCCCAGAGCGCUGCCACCCAGCUGGGUUCUGUGAUUGGACAAACGGGCCUUGACCCGCCAUGUCCCACCGUCUCCAACCAGAUUCCCCUGACCCCCAGUAACUCCCCAGAAGAUGAGGCCGUGUCCCAGGAUGUGAAUGACAAGUACCCCGAUCCUCUUGAGGCCCCUGUCCUGGGGCAGGCUGUGGCUUUUGCAGGUGGGGGUCCUCCUGGCGCUCCGCUGUUGGACUCGGCCCUGAGGCUCCCCUGCUCUGAGCUAGCAGAGCUCAGUCUGGGGCGGAUGGAGGGCUACUGCCCCCCCGGGUCUCUGCCGGUACUGCUGGAGCUGAGAGAGAGCAGCAGUGAGGCUGGAUCCAGCUCGCAGACCCCCCAGUCCCCUGAGGGCCCCGACGAAUUCUUUGACACUAAAGAGUCCAUGGACCUGUGGAAGGACAGUCCCCUUCCUGACACCCCCCCAGACCCUGGCCCCAUUCAGACGCCAGAGCAUGGGUCAGACCACAAAUGACUGUUACCCCCCCCUCACUGGAUGGAUGCAGUUACUGAAGAGUGGCGCUGGGGGCAGAGAGAAGGACCGGCUGAGCAAAGAGGAGAACGUCACGAUGCUGGAGUCUGUUUGAGAAGCUUCCUCUGUGGACUGCUAGUUCAUCUUCAUCAGUCCUGAGUCAGCGAUCCUCUGCAGAAGCUUUCAGGACAAAAUGUGUUCAGCAUUUCUGUGCUUCUUCAUGCUGCAGCUCUGCCCUCCAUGAAAUAGACCCAACUGUCAGAUUAUUUUAGUCCAACCUGAAGGUCAAACCGCUCAAGACUCUCCUGUCUGUCAUCAGAGUUCAUAUAGUUUAUUAAAGAGAAGAUAUUUAUUAUAAAGCUGCAUCUUCAAAACAAUAGUCUAUUUUAACAGCUGCAUUCAGUCUUGUAAUGUGUUGUUGUCUUUGUGCAUUUUUGUAAACACAUAGAUGCUUUUAUUUUGGCAA